UGCCCCUCCAGUAUAUACAGAAAUCAAAUACGAUUUUUGCAAGCCUGGGCAUUCGAAUUGGAAUCUAAUCAACAGUAAAGCGGAGUGUAAACAAAAACAAUGAAACUGGAGGAGCUGCUGACUAAGGGAUCCUCCUCGCCGCCGGAGGACGACGACGACGACGAGAAAUUGGAUCUGAAGCCGCACAAAUCGAGCAGCGCCACUGCGGACGAGGGGGCGGAGAACGCGGAGGAUGCGACCGAAGAUGCUGGUGAAAAGGAAGGCGCGAGUGGCAAGAAGAAGGGCACGCGCAAAAAACGCUCCCUUAACUGGGAAGAGGCCGAGCGGGGGCUGCUCCUCGAGGUUAUCAAGUCCAAGGUGGCCUUUGUGGAGAACCGCAGCGUAGAUGCCAAGAGCAUUAAAGCCAAGCGUCUGGCGUGGUCACACAUCACUAAGCAGUUUAAUGCCCUCAACUUUCGUCACCGACUGCUCGAGCAGAUUCAAGUGCAGUGGCGCAGCAUGAAGAACUCCGCUAAGCGAGAGCACCAGCAGAAGCAUCCGAAGACAGAGGCUCUUGAGGGCAUGCGCAUGAUCGAGUUCCUGGAGGAGAUGCAGAAGGACCCGGUCACAUCUCGCAGCCAGACGCGCAGUGCUAACACCAACGGUGCCGUGAAGAAGGAACUGCUAGACAUCGACGAGGACGAGGACAUGCCGCUGGCCGCUUUGCCCAAUUCCACGAAUGCCAGCGAGGACACACUGCAGACUUCCACUAUAGCCAUCCCCUCGCCGCCACCAUCCACCGCUGGCGGGGAUGGGGACUCGCAGCAGGAGGGCACUCCCGCUCAGCCGCCAACACAGCGACGCAAGAGGGCCAAGGCCAAGCAGUCGCCCACGGGCGCCAAGACAGAAAUUUCCGCCGAGACGGGGGAAGAGAACGAAAAAGGCGCAGCCUCACCGCGCAAACGACGACAAAGGAAUCUUUCACAGGCUCAGUCGCUGCUGUCCGAUGAGAACGAAGUCUCCAACAGUGUAGCUCCGGCCAGCACGCUUCAGCAGUUCGCACUGGGUGCCACUGCAGGGGCAGACUCGAAUAGCCACCCUCUGGAACUCGUCGCACCUUCAGAGGUGGAGCAGAAGUACAAGCAGGACCUUUUCCGACUGCUAAAGCAGGCGCGCUUAGCCGAGAUCGAUUACGCCCGGCGGGAACACGAGCAGAAGCUACGUUUUGAGCAAAUGGAGCAAGAGGUUAAGAUGGCCUACUACCGGCAGGAACAGGAUCUAAAGCUGCGACAUAUGCGCGAGGAGCAUGAUAUCCGAAUGCGACAGCAGCGGCGGGAGCACGAGGCUCGCCUGGGGAUCUACUCUCUAAAGGGAUGCGGCCUGAACGGGAGCAUACAGGAACAGAGCUCAGCAAAGUGCAAUGCCAAAGCGGACUACAACAAUGUCCAUGAAGUCGGCCCAUCGACCAGUGCGGAGGGGGCGCUGGCGCUCAAUGCCGCCUGCAACUAGGCGUGGCCAUUGACUCUGAUGCAUAUACAAUACGAAUUGCCAGCAAUUAGCGUGUAAGGGCAUUUAGAGGAAACAUCAACAGUACUUUAAAAUUUAGCUUGAAAUACGUUUAGCGAAAUGUAGCUCAUCCGGUCAGCCGAAAAUCCGUAUCAAGAUACGGAUUCAUGGAUACCCGAUACGAAUAUGAAUACUCAUCGACACACUCAAGUUGCCACACAGACAAAAGGACUGUUGUUUUGGUGCAAUUCGCACCACAGGAACUCACAGACAUUGCAUUUUCAAGAAAUUAGUAUUAUAUAAUUGUAUCCGUAUCUGUUAAGUACUCCGGGCGAAAAGAUCAAUUUAAAACACGGUUGUGUCGUCGAAAACAAACUCGAAAAAUACUCAAGAAUAAGUUCCCCUUUUGCAGAACGCAAUUUACUCAUCAGUCAGUAUUCUCUAUGGCCACUGUAUUAUUUUUAUAUAUUCAGUUUUUAGUUAUAAGUUUUUUUUACAUAACUACCAUUUAAACUAGGGGUGAAACAACGCCGUAAAUGUAAAUCCAUGUAUGUUUGUUCAUACAUAAACGAAAACUUUUAUAAUUCGUGUAAUCAUAAGUUACUGUACGUCGUGUUGUAUAGCGCUGUAAUAUCCUGUCACUUGCUUCAGCUUAAUAAAUACCGUAUAUCGGGCGAGAGCAAGGUAAAAUUAAACCAUUAGAUAAUGAAAUACAAAUACAUAGUGCGUAAACAGUU